AGCAUUAAUGGAGCAACCGCCACUCGCUGAACGCGCCUCGCCGGAGGCAGUCUCCGGCGAAACGAUCCGCCCAACCGAAGGCAGCACCCGCCACCCCAUUUACCGCGGCGUCCGGAAGAGGCGGUGGGGCAAGUGGGUCUCCGAGAUCCGAGAGCCCCGGAAGAAGUCGCGCAUUUGGCUCGGCUCGUUCCCGGUGCCCGAGAUGGCGGCCAAGGCCUACGACGUCGCCGCGCACUGCUUGAAGGGACGGAAAGCUCAGCUCAACUUCCCCGCCGAGGUCGACGACUUGCCCCUCCCCGCCACCUGCAGGGCGCGGGACAUCCAGUUGGCGGCGGCCGAGGCGGCGCGGGCUGUGGCGGCGAACAAGAAGGGUGGCGGCGUCGAUGGUGACGACUUUUGGGCCGAGAUAGAGCUGCCGGAGCUCGUGGAGGACGGGGAGCGCCACUGGGACGCCUGUCUGUGGGCCUUCAUUGCCGAAGCCACGUGGAGGGACGGCGACGAAAAGGCGGCGACGACGAGCUCUUCUUGGCACGGACAUUUCGCCACGACGUGAAUCCACUCGGUGGGUGGAUCGUCAGUACAUACUGAUUGCCUUGGAAACGCCACUGCAGCUUCGCCAGAUCGUUUAUCUUCGAAAUCUUCAUUAUUCUUGUAUUAUUGCUGCUUGCUGCAUGCACUAGUUGGACUUUAAUAACAAGGAAAUUCUUCUAAUUUUGGAGAAGUUGCUAAUUACAUCUUA